UGCAACAAUAAAAGACAUGAUGAUAGUUAAUGUACCAACGAAUCAUAGCUUGACAUGUCAGCAAUUACCGGUAUCCGAUAAUAUAUAUAAACAAGGGCACUACCCAUUGCUUUGUCUACAGUGAUGAACCCUUAUUUGCUUUAUCUUUUUUAUCUUUUGAAUUUGAGGAUCUUAUCUUCUUCAUCUUAACGUUUCAAAAUUAACACACAAAAUAAUAAGACCUUGCUCGAUUUCCUCCCCAAGUGACUAUUGUUGAGAAAUGCAAGAUCCAAGGAUUCCUUUGUCGGAGGAGAUCUUGAAUAAUAAACCAAGGAAGAAGAAAAACUCAAACCAAAAGGCAUCUUUAUUGCAGUUGCAAGGGAAUAUUGUCAAGGAAGAGGGACAGGCUCCUCUGUCAUUAAAAUCAGGACAGAAGGGUUACAAAAGACACUUGAUGACUGAAGUCUCACCACCUUUUCAGAAACAGGAGGGUUCCAAUUCAGAUUCAUUGCCUGAUUCCUCUGCAGGUGGAAAUGAGUACCGCACAUUGAGGCGUAAGUAUUUGCAGCUGGAGGAUGAGAGCUUCGCAGUAGGGAAAGAGCUAAGAGAGGUUGAAGAUGAGGUAAAGACCCUUGAAGAUGAGAAGAUUGCACUGUUGGAUCAGCUUGUUGUAAUGGAAGGCCUUGUUGAUCCAUCAGAGAUACACUCAUAGUGUUUGCAAUUAUCUAUCACUCUAAGUGAUUUCAUCUUCUGAUCAUGACACCUAUAUAUUGUUAUAUAAUCCCUAAAAUAGAAGUCAAUUUUUGGCUCCUUUUGUGUAGCUCUUUAGAAACUGGAUGGAUAAAAUCAUUUGUAGAGAUUUUAUAAGUCAAAAUUCUACCGUUCACUCAUGUCUGGAACGGAGGUAGAAUAUAUUAAUCAUUUUAUGUCUUUAGUCAUAGUAGAUUGUUCAUAUUUCUUGUUCAAUGUGGUUAUUUACCAUCUGGAAUCCUAUAGUUUAUUA